UGAUGGUAAAGUGGAGAAAUCUUAAAUAUUCUUAAAGAGGGAGAUGGUAAUAAUAGGAAAGAUCCGGUUGUAGUAGAUUUGAUCGAGGAAUUUAACAAUCAUUACCAGUCUCUUUAUGCUAGUUACGAAAAUCUGACAGAAGAGUUGAGAAAGAAAGCUCAUGGAUAUCAUAAGAACAGUUCCUCUUCGUCCAGCUCAGAUUCCUCGGACUCCGAUGAAUCGUCGAAUAAAAAGGGCAAAAAAAAUGGUAAAGUUAAAAUUAAUUUCGAGACGGAUACAGCUGUCGUAAAGCAGGAGCUGGAAAUGGCACUUUUGGAGGUUGGUGACUUGAAGAGAAAGUUGGCAGCUACUGAAGAUGAAAAGGAAGCUCUAUAUCUGGAAUAUCAAGCUGAAGGAGAAAAAUCGAACGAAGAGAAAUCGAAGCUUUUGGCUGAAAAUGCUGAAAUAAAUAUAGAGCUGGGAAGUUUACGAAAGGUACAAGCUGAGUUGAAUCAGAGGCUUGAAGACGUGGAGAAAGAGAGAGAAAGUUUAAUUGCUGACAAGGAGGCGGUCUUUUUCAAUGCUGAAGAAUUGAGAACCAUUAACAGUGAGUUGCAACACGAGAAGAAAAACCUGCAUCUGGAAUUGGAAUCGGUAAAUGGGCUGUUGUCUACUUUAAAGCAGGAUUACGAGUCAUUAAAGAACGAAGUUGUGAAGCUGAGUCAGAUGCAAAAGACUGCAGAAGAGGAGAAUUUCAAAUUCUCCUCGAAAAUCUCACAUCUUGAGAAUGAGAUUGAACUAGCUGAAAACAAGAAUCGUGAUCUUGUAACUGAAUCCAGGCGAUUAAGUGAAGAAUUGGCUGAGAAGGAAAUAGAGCUCUCACGUCACCUAGAGAUACACGAGGCUUACAAAGAAGAAGCUUCAGCUCGUAUAAAGGAUUUAGAACUGCAAAUACUACACAAGGAGAAUGAGGCCUCGACUAAAAUCGAAGACUUGGUCGAUCAAAUCAAUGCGAAGGACAAGGAACUGGAAGAUCAAAUGAGUAGCAAAAUUACCGAGGUAAAUCAGUUGAGGGAGGAGAAGUGUGGACUAGAGAACAAGAUUUCCGAACUUGAAAAGUCGCUUGCAGAGAAAAGAGAUGAUUUUGUUGCUAUCGAGAAAGAAAUGGAGGAAGUUCGGAGCAAUGCCUCCAUCCAAAUAGCUGCCUUAACAGAACAGGUCAAAUCAUCAGAAAAUAAGAUAAACGAGAUGACAGAUCAGUUCCAGAAAGACAUCGAUGCGAAAAAUCAGGAAAUUUAUCAACUGGAAGAUAAUAUAGACGAACUGAAAACAGAUCUAGAGAUGAAAGUUGACGAAGUCAGUAGAUUGGUCGAUAAUAUGAGAACCACUGAAGUCAAGCAACGUUUAACAAGUCAGAAGCUGCGCAUAACCGAACAGUUAUUGGGCGAGAAUGAAGAGUGCCAGCUCAGGAGAGUGGAGAAGUUGCAGUACGAUCAAAAGCUGCUCGAAGAGAAGAUUGCUGUAUUGUCCAGGAUGAAUGCUGCUUAUAAAGAAGCUCAGGCGAAUGUGGCAGCAGAAAUUUCGGAGAAGGUAAACAGCACAUUGACGGGGAUGGAUACAUUUGGUAUGAAAUUUGAGGAGGAUUACGGUCACUUGGAGUCUCGGGUUUACGAAAUCAUGAACGAGCUUAAAUUUACGAGAAAUUGGAUUGUUGGAACUAAUGCUGAGAAAAGAUCCUUGAAGGAUGAAAUUUCCGGUUUGAUUCAGCAAUUGAAAGACGAGAAGGAAAAGGGGUUGAAGUUGACUGUGAAGAUUACUGAACUGGAGAAUGUAGUUAAAAAGGGUGAAGAUGAAAUCAAAAGCUUGACUCAAAGUGCGGAAAAGCGUGGAGAAAAGAUGAGGGAAUUGGAGAGAGAGAUGAAGGAGAAAGAUAACGGAAUCUUGAGGCUGUGUGAAGAGAAACGGGAGGCUAUAAGACAGCUGUGUGUUUCGAUCGACUAUCAUCAGAAUCGAUAUGAAGAUCUUCGAGAAAUGAUUUUGAUAAAAAGAGGUGGAAGAAGACAUGUAGCUACUUGAUGCUCCAAAUAUACUUGCCAUUUCUAUUGCAUAUUUUUUUCAUUUUUUUUAUUUUUUUAUUUUUUUUGGAGGAAAUUAUUCAUUGUUGUAGAUGCUGUUGGUAAGAAUUGUACAGCAAACGUUGGAUUGGUUUGAAGUUGGUUUGUCAGUAUUGCAAACGUUGGAUUGUGAAAAUAUCAUCUGUAGGGACUUUUUGGUAAUAGCAGAUAGCAUAAAGUGUGGGAUUUUUAAAUUUUCCUUUUUGUGUGUUAAUUGUUUCUACUGUAAAAGUAACUGUUUCAGAGUUUUGUUACCAAAGAUUAUUACAAUAUUU